UUACCACGAUAUCUCGUAACAGAAAAUGAUACAUUUUUUCACGAAAGUUGUGAAUUUGAUUAAAACAGCGCUAGUUAUACCUCUGUGAUUCAAAUAAGCAUGCGUAGUUGUAUGAGGGCGCUGAAACACAACAGAUUUUAAUACGUUUUAACAAAUACUUACUAUUCUUUAUUGUAUUAUCAUAUUCUACUAAAGAAUUUAAAAUAAAUUUAACUAAAUAGAUACUAAAAAUGAUUUAAAAUGUUUGUGGAAGAAAGGAAAUAGAAGGUUAUGGUUUGAUUGAGUACAUACAAAUUUAUUUAGAAAAAAAUGCCCCCCCCCCCCGCGUAUUUUAAUUUCGAGGAAUUGUUUUUCAAUUAUAUGAUUUACAGUUCAAAAAUUAUUACAUGUAUAUGAUUUUGUUGUAAAUUUAAAUACGCUGUUUAUACCUUACUACUGACGUAUUUAGUCUGUAUACUUUGAAGUUAUCUGCAAAACAGAGAGGUAUUAUUGAUAAAAUAUGAGAGCAUUACUGGAAGACUGGACGAAUAUGUUAUUAUAUUCAUGAAAAAAAAGAAAUAAAUCUAAAUUAAGGAAAAUGGAAGAAUUUCAGUAUGUGCUACAAAAACAAGAAAAGCAUAAAAUAUGUUUUGGAUCAGGAUGUCCUCGUGAUACUUCAAAAAAGGGCAUGAAUGCAUUUAUGAAAUGUUAUACAUUAGAAGAUCAUCCAAAUGUAGCACCAAAUUUGUAUAAUGUUUUGCAUUCAUUUAAAGCAAUUAAGAAUAAGCCCUGUUCUCAUAGCAUUAGUAGAAAGGGUUACAGUGGUAUUGCCAGAUUUGAUAACAAAAUUAUGCUCAAAGAUACUAAUCCAUCACCACUUGAUUACAAUAUUUUUAGGUUUCCUAAACAAGUGACCAAAUCAAAAUAUCCAUUUAACUCUAGCAGUAAAAGGCAAAGAAUAUUCGGCAGUUCAGUCCCAGGGCCAGGAAUGUAUGUUAGCAUUAAAGAACAAGAUAAUAAAUUUGAACACAGUUUUGGCGGUAAAACGAAAAUGAAACUUGGAGUAGAUUUAAAAUGUUGCAGUAAAAACACAGAUAUUUGUAAAGUAUGCAACAAAAAAUUACUAGGCGAUUAUUGGCACUUGAAAAAUAAAAUAUUUUUAUGUAAAUUAUGUAUGAAUAAAGAGUACGAAAGACAAGCAAAAUACAAGAGAAAAGAACUAAAACAAUUUCGCAAAAUACGAGAUUGUUCAAAUAUACAUCGACAUGAAAAUACAACUGCAAAAAUAUGGUUGAUGCAUCCUACAGUUAUUGCGAAGUGGAUACGUAGAGAGGCCUACCUUUCUGCUUAUUUAAAAGGAUAAAAAUAUAGCAUGGUGUUUAACAGCAUAGCAUGAUAGACAAAAUUUAAUUUUAAUGUUUAUAUUUCUUACACGUUAAUACAACUAUUUAUGUACCGAAAGUUUUUUAGAUAAAGUUCAGUCAUCGCUGCAAAUCCAUGUUUAUUCCUAUAUACAAAAAUUAUAUAAAAAUAGUGAGCUUAUGUAUAUUUAUAUAGCAAAUAUUUUAAAUAAUAUAUUU